AUGGCUAACUACAGACAGAAAGUGAAAUUUAGAAGGACCGUACAAUCCAUAUUGUUCUAUAAAUUGACAACACAUAAAUGGAUAAUUCCCUUCUUGAUAUGUUCUAUAGCGUUGCUAUUAUUGGGUUGUAGAACCUUGAGAAUUCUAUAUUUGGAAUGGUAUGAUGAGUCAUUACGGAAUCUAGAUACUUUAGAUUCUCUACUAGCUUAUAUACGUCAUCCACCCACUUUAUGCAGAGCUGCCUUGACCCUGGGUGGAGCACUUGAUGAUAAACACCACAUAGACAAAGAUAAGGUGGUGUGUCUCAAGCCAGGGCCUGGCCUUCGACCGAACUGCAUCGUCUACUCUUUUGGGAUAAAUAGUGACUGGUCUUUCGACGAAUCUAUGGAAAAGUAUGGAUGUCGAGUAUACUCGUUCGAUCCUGGAAUGGGUCUAGAAAACCAUAAUCGAAGCAAGAAGAUCUCGUUUUAUAAUUUGGGAAUAUCGGACGUCAAUGAAAAUCAAGUACGUAAGAAGAACAAGACGUGGAGACUUAGAACGUUCGAUUACUUUAUUGAUCUCUUGGGGCAUCAGAAUGAAACCAUUGACGUAUUGAAGAUGGAUAUCAAAGGUUCGGAAUGGGAUGUGCUGAAACACAUGCUAAACAAUGAAUAUUUGAAUAGAAUACGCCAUUUAUGUAUAGAAACGUAUCUUAAUUUUGAUAAAAGAUGGGGUGAGAAGUUACGAAUAUUAAAAAGACUCGAAAAUGAAGCAAAGAUGAAAUUUUUUAGUUCUAGGAAGAAUAAUGUAACCGGAAAGAACAUAUUUUCUAAUGAAAAUAGGAAAUUAUCGGAUCAACUAUUAUACGAAUUGGCAUGGUACAGAGACGAGAAAAACUGA